GUCCUCUUCUACGUCUAUAAAGACGGUCCUCGUCAGCCCAUUUCUUAUCGAUUUGCUUCCGAGAUCAUCAUCAGAAUCACCAACCCUUCAUUCGCCACAGGUUCAAGAUGAAGUUUCUAGUCGUCUCUCUUUUCGCCCUUGUCUGCGGCUCUGCAGCUCUGGCCACUCCCGCGAACUCUUCGGUGUCGUCGUCCUCAGGCCAGCACCACCCCAAGCCACACCAUCCACACCAACCGCUAGACUCGGGCUGCAAGAAUGGGCCCAAGUCUAGGAACUGCUGGGGCAAGCACUCGAUUGAUACAAACUACUACGAGACCGCCCCGGAUACUGGAGUGACGCGCGAGUACUGGCUCUCGGUAGAGGAAGGGAUCUGCAACAACGAUGGGUACAAGCGUUACUGCCAGACCUUCAACGGAUCCUUCCCCGGACCCCUGAUCUGGGCCAACUGGGGCGACAACCUUGUCAUUCACGUCACCAACAACAUGAAAACCAACGGUACUGCUAUCCACUGGCACGGUCUUCACCAAAGGGGUUCAGUCGAGUACGACGGAGUGCCCGGCGUCACGCAAUGCCCCAUUGCUCCGGGGAAGAGCCUCACGUACAAGUUCAGAGUCACCCAGUACGGCACGACCUGGUACCACAGCCACUUCUCGCUGCAGUACACCGAGGGGCUGUUCGGACCCAUGAUCUUUUACGGCCCUACGACGGCCAACUACGACGAGGACCUGGGUACCCUCUUCCUGCAAGAUUGGGACCAUGACACGGCCUGGCACGGCUGGGAAAACGUGGCCAGCAAGGGAGCUGGCCCGCUGCCAGCAAACGGCCUCAUCAAUGGCACCAACACCUUUGACUGCAAGAACAGCACCGACACCAACUGCCUCGGCGGCGGCAAGAAGUUCUCGGCCACCUUUAAGAAGGGCAAGAAGCACCUCAUCCGCAUCAUCAACAACUCGGCCGACGCCCACUUCCAGUUCUCCAUCGAUGGGCAUUCCCUCAUCGUGGUCUCCAACGACCUUGUUCCCAUCAAGCCCUUCAAGACCCAGAGCGUCAGGGUCAGCAUCGGCCAGCGCUACGACGUCAUCGUCGAGGCCAACGCCAAGCCCGGCGACUACUGGCUCCGCAGCGGCAUGAGCUGCGUGCCCGGCGACACGGGCGCGCUGCGGGAGCGCGUCACGGGCAUCAUCCGCUACGACAAGAAGAGCAAGGCCGACCCGAAGACGACUUCGGACGUGGUUGUCGACGAGACCUGCUCAGACGAGGACCCCAAGAAACUCGUGCCCCACGUCGCCCUGGAUGUCACGCACAUGGGCGAGAUCGUGCAGUCAGACCUGGGCUUCAAGCCCAACGGCACCCCGGCCGAGGGCCAGAACUGGUUCCAGUGGACGCUGAACAACAGCAGCCUCGUCCUCGACUGGCACGACCCCACGCUCGAGAGGAUCUUUGACAGGCAGUCCAUCUUCCCGACCAAGUACAACGUGAUCAAGGCAGAGCCCGCCAGCUACGGCCCCAGCAAGCAGUGGUUCACGCUGGUGAUUCAGAGCAACGAAAUCCCCCUCACCCACCCCAUCCACCUGCACGGCCACGACUUCUGGGUGCUAUCGCAGAGCAAGGCCAAGUGGGACGGCACGCCGCGGGGCUUCAACACCAAGAACCCGGCGCGGCGCGACACGGCCAUGCUGCCCGCGGGGGGCCACCUAGCCAUCGCGUUCCAGCUCGACAACCCGGGCGCCUGGCUGGUGCACUGCCACAUCGCCUGGCACGCCGGGCAGGGGCUGUCGCUCGAGUUUGUCGAGUCGCAGGGCCGCAUCGCGCUCGGCAUGCCCGACCACCACGUGUUUCAGCAGACGUGCCGCGAGUGGGACGCCGUCAGGAAUAAGAUGCCAUUCCCGCAGCACGACUCUGGCAUCUGAUUUGCUUCAUUUUGGAUUUUGCAUCUUCUUGGGCCGUCUCUGUCCGUUUCUUUUCCUGUCUUUUGAGCAUGCAUGUAUGGGCGUUUUCUGCAACAAUCUCUCCUUGUUCUGCAUUUGUGGCUGCAUCUGGAGUUGGGUCUCGGUAUGCAUUGGGAGGAAAUGGAGCUUGGAUUUUUAGAGCUGCGUCGUGUGUGUAAAUGGCAGCACGUAUGCUUCAAAUUCUUCCAUAUUCUAGAAUAGAAUUUUGGGUCAAAGUUAAUAUUUCCCAACCCAGACCACGCAAAAACUUCCAUUUCCAGUUCCAUCA